AGUGUUUGGAGGACCUAUUAAAGUUCCAUAGAAAAGCAUUAAUGCAUUCAAAAAUGGUGGCGAUGGGUGUGCUGAUCGUAACGUUGGGUUUGCUGCUUCCUUUGCUCUCAGGAGCAGUCGACAUUGGCCGAGUGAGGGAAGUCGCUGCUCGGAACAACGUAACAUGUGUCUUAGUGUUUGGAGAUUCAAGUGUUGAUCCUGGCAACAACAAUGUUCUACCGACCUUCCUGAAGGGCAACUUCCUUCCUUAUGGGAAAGACUUCUUAAAUGGCCUCCCUACUGGAAGGUUCUCUAAUGGAAGACUUGCCACAGAUUUUAUUGCGGAUGCCCUUGGUUACACAAAAAUAAUCCCAGCAUUUCUUGACACCAAUUUGAAGUUGCAAGAUCUGCCGCAUGGUGUUAGUUUCGCAUCAGCUGGUUCCGGCUAUGAUGAUUUGACCGCCAACAUUUCGAGUGUAUUGUCUCUUCCCAGACAGCUGAAGUAUUUUUUGCAUUACAAAGUCAAGCUGAUAAAAUUGGUAGGUCAGAAGAAGGCUGAGGAUAUUAUUAGAACUGCUGUACUCGUAUUGAGUAUGGGCACAAAUGACUUUGUCCAAAAUUACUACUUGGACCCAACUCGACCCAAGCAGUUCAGUGUUGAAGAGUACCAAAAUUACUUGGUCUCUUGCAUGGCUAAUGGCAUUCAGCAAAUGGAGAGGAUAGGAGCGACAAGAUUGGUUGUGGUUGGGGUUCCACCAUUGGGGUGCAUGCCACUAGUGAAAACGCUAAUGGACGUGACAGCAUGUGCUGAAAAUUACAACAAAGUGGCAUUCUCGUUGGGUUCCAGGAUACAAAAGAAAUUGGAGGCCAUAACCAAAACAUCCAGAAUGAAAAUUGGUUUUGUUGAUGCUUAUGGUAUUAUACAAAAUGCCAUAAAUAACCCAAAAUUAUAUGAUUUGGCUGAAACUUCAAAAGGAUGCUGCGGGACUGGAGCCAUAGAAUUUGGAGAUUCAUGCCGGGGACUAGAGACAUGCACUGACCCAGCAAAGUACGUAUACUGGGAUGCUGUUCAUCCAACUGAAAAAAUGUACAAAAUCAUUGCUGACAAGGCUCUCGAAACUCUUUCCGAAGCACUCUUCGUAUAAGAGAAUUUGGCGGGGUACACAGUGAUGUAUGCACAAGAAAUCAGUUGGUGAUUCUUAAAUUGUAUCGAUUGUUGUCAAAAGAAUUUAAGUACCAGAGUUGAAGGUUCGAGUAAUUUGUUUUACUCACGUGAGUAAUUGUGAUAAUCAUUUCACGUAAUAAUCAUUUCCUGGUCCAACAUAA